AUGGCCACACUUGCAGAGUCGUUUCUUGCAGAUCUUGACGAUCUCUCAGAUGCUAGUGCGGACGAAAGGGAAGAUGCAGAGCCGGAAAACAACGAGAAUGUGGAGAUGGACGAGGAAAAUGACGACAUCGAGGCGUUAAAUUAUGACGAUCUCGAAGCUGUGGCCCGCCUGCAAUCUGGCGAUCGGUACAACACGAUCAUGCAGCAAGUGAGGAGUGCGUUGGAAAAAGGAGGAGAGAUGGAUGAGUCGGACGCAGUAUGGACAGGGCCUUCAGAAGAGGGGCCAACCUACAGACUUUUGGUGGACUGCAACCAGCUUGCAGUGGACAUUGACAACGAAAUAGCCGUUGUGCACAACUUCAUGCGAGAUAAGUACAGGUCAAAGUUCCCAGAGCUGGAAAGCCUGGUGCAUCACCCGAUGGACUAUGCGCGCGUUGUGAAGAAGAUUGGCAAUGAGAUGGACAUGACCCUCAUCGACCUGGAAGACAUCCUGCCGCAGGCGACGGUCAUGGUGGUGUCCGUAACGGCGUCCACGACGUCCGGGAAGCAGCUGUCGGAGGAAAAUUUGAACCGCAUGCUGGGCGCGGCUGACAUGGCGCUCCAGCUGGACGCUGACAAGGCGGACAUCCUGCGCCUGGUGCAGCUCAAGAUGCACCACAUUGCGCCCAACCUGUCGGCCGCCGUCGGUACGGAGAUCGCUGCCAAGCUCAUGGGCGUGGCCGGCGGUCUCACCUCCCUCUCCAAGAUGCCCGCCUGUAACGUGCAGGUGCUGGGCGCGAAGAGGAAGCACCUGUCGGGCUUCAGCUCGGCCACGCAGGCGCUGCAUCAGGGAUUUGUGUACGGCUGCGAGGUGAUCCAGAACACACCCCCCGCGCUGCGAGGCAAGGCUGCGCGCAUGGUCGGUGCGAAAUGCACGCUGCUCGCGCGCAUCGACGCCUACGGCCAGGACCCCACCGGCUCCGCUGGCGCCGCCAUGAAGGAGGAGAUGCAGAAGAAGGUGGCUAAAUGGCAGGAGCCGCCACAGGCAAAGCAGACGCGUGUGCUGCCCGUGCCCGACAUGGAACCCAAGAAGCGCCGCGGCGGCCGUCGCGCGCGCAAGUACAAGGAGCGCUACGGCCUCACCGAUGUCAGAAAGGCAGCCAACCGGGUGAACUUCAACCAGCCUGAGGAGGAGUUUCUGGAUGGAGAUGAUGUGGUGGGCCUGGGAGUGCUGGGCAAGGAGGGCUCCGGCCAGCUCAGGGCGCAGGCGCGGACGCAGAAGCAGAAGCUGUCGGCCAAGGUGGCCAAGAAGUACGCCAAGAAGCUCGGCGGCAGCGGCGGGGCCACCAACGGCCUCUCAUCCACUGUCGCUUUCACGCCCCUCCAGGGAAUGGAGUUGGUGAACCCAGUGCAAGCCAAGGACGAUGAUCUGAGGAGCGGCACAGAGUCCUACUUCUCAGAAUACUCGGGAUUCAGGUCAAUCAAGAAGGUUCCCGGCUUGUGA